UAAGCAGCGGCGAGAGUGCCCGGCGCGCGCGGGAAACGGAGUCGCGUUCGCAAAUCGAGUCGUAAGAAGGUUUGAGCGUCGGUGGAGACCCCGUAAAGGAACAAGCGCACGAAGCCCGCAAUCAUGCGAGCGUUCUGGAUUUUCGGUGUCGCGUUGCUGAUACAGACACUGACGCAUGUGAAGACUCAGCGGUAUUCAGUGUCGUUACUUGGAGGCAUUCGACCGAGCCGGUCGAGCUUGGUGUCUGCUCGAUGCGUGAACCCUCGGCUCUACUUUCGCAAUGGCCUCACAAGACUGCGCUUCCGAGGUCGCGUCGUGAAGUACAUCUGCCGACCGGGCUACACUCUGAUCGGCGACUCAGUGUCCACGUGCAACGCUGGACGAUGGGACAGGCCCGUACCCAUAUGCGCAGCCCCCGGUUGCCGCCUUCCGACCCGGGACCUCCUACCGCGCGGCACCGUGGAGAACGUCCGUGGCCGGGGCCUGAUGCUGCGCUUCCGCUGCCGCCUCGGCUACUCUCUUCGUGGAGGCGCGACGGCCUUCUGCGACGGCCGCGCCUGGAACGGCUCCGGACCCGUGUGCCUCCCGAGCAUUUCGGACCCCGACCCGUCGUGCGACUUCGAGGCUCUUGACCAGUGCGGAUGGUCAUCCGACCUGAGCAGCGGAGUCCAGUUUUCACGGCAGCAUGACCACGAAGACGAUGACGUGGAGCCCGCUGACAACGUCACCAGUAUCGCCGCAGUGGCCUCUGGAUCUUCGCCCUCCGGCCAUUACAUGGCCCUGGAGAGCCUCGGUCAUCGACUUGCGCUUCAGGACCUAAACCUGCCGGCUCAGUUGGUGUCGCCACCUUACCGCCCUCUCAGGUUCCGGGCCUGCUUCCGCUUCUGGUACCGGCUCUCCUGCAACCUCUGCACGCUACAACUGCUGCUGUGGAAUUCGACAAACCAGACGCCUCUGUGGAGCUCGUACGGACCACGCAAAGGCGGCUGGGCCAACGUCGAAUUGCCAGAAACCACUGAGUACUUCCAGCUUGUUUUUGCGGCGCGCACCAGACAACUAGGUGAGGGGGGCGUGGCCAUCGAUGACGUCAGACUCGGUCCGGAAUGCCAAGACGUGCCGACCGCGGAACCACCACCAGCCACAACCACGCUGCUACCCGAUGACGUCACCACCGAGCUUGAUUCGGGAGACACUUGGGAUACGACACCGUACUCGAGCCUCCCUGCGGUGGACAAGGAAGGCGGGACAGAGGGCAGCUCGGACAACGCCCGCUCCCUUUCAACAAGCAUCGAUAAUGUUGCUGUCACACACGGUCCAGAACAGCGGUCUUCCGAGAAUCUAAAACCUGUGACUACAAAAAACGAGUCGGACGUGCAGCCUAGGUAUUUACAGACUACAGCUCCCGUUCAUUCGUCGUCCUCAUCGUCGUCCACAACACAUACUACGACGUUUCCAUCUGACAUUCUCACGACUAGCCUGGCUAGAACAGAAAGCCCCUCAGCGACAGCGGCCCUCACGACAAGCCAAGUGACAUCGCUUCCAACGCGCGCGGGCGCUGAGGCUAGAGAGUCAUCACUCACCACGUACACACCUUCUUCGCCGACCAGGAACAGUACGAGCUCAAGCUUUUCGCGAAAAACAGAAGUGACCACCGCAGCGAUUCCUACGACGGCGCGUCUCAUCACCAGCAGUUCGCCAAAGCCGUCAACGGUAAACGUAACUUCGCAGACUCGUACGGCCGCCGCAAGUCGUGCGUUCGUGGCAAGUACGUCAAGAACUACUUCCGGCGCAGUCUUGACAACGGCAGCGCCAACACCGGGGAGGCGACCAGGGACGACGGUCGCUUGGCUUCAUCCUACAAGUUGGCAUAACGUGCAACCCAACGUAGAAGGCAAUACGGUGGGACCGGACGUUACGCCUGUAAAGUCCCCAGGAAGCAAGGCGACCACUUCGGCGACUUAUACGAGAAGCCGCAUUACUUCUGGGGGACCGGCCGCGAAAAGCCGCUCUACUGGUCCGGCUGCGGUCACGUUGAAUAGCACAGAUGCAUCCAGACGUACAACGCAUCUGCUGCCGCAAAGCACUAAAGCCACUCGUGCUCACAUCGCUUCUUGUACUACAGCGAACCUGAGGACGGCAUCUAGCACUGUGUCCGCAAGACUACCAUCAAGCGUUUCACCUACUAAAGGCCCUGCAUCAGGAGCGGUCUCGGUCACCGAAGCGACAACCAUAACCCCUCUUACAAAGCCGACCAAGCCAAGGAAGAAAGCCACAGAAUUUUAUACGAAGCCGGCCAAGUGGACAACGCGGAAGCCAGUCAAGAAGCCGGGAGAUUCCACAACUUCGCCUCCCGACGUCCGUUCUUCGACGCCCUUGCACUCGAGCGCAUCGAGUUCAAGCCGACAGACUUUCAGCCUUCCUCAUUCGACGCGACAGUUGUCUUCCGAGGCUCCCAAAUUCAAGCCCGCAGACGACAGCAACCUCGUGAAAGUCGUCACGAAGCCAGUCUGCGGUCCCAACCACGUCCAGUCCCCGGUCGAAGAACGACGAAGGAAAUGGUGUAAUGCUGAAUGACAUCUCCGGAAUGCCGGUGCUACAGGAGAAGCACUCGGCUGCUGCGCCCGCUUCCACGUCAGCCUGGAGCGUUCCUGCCCUUCUCAUUGCCGCUGGCAUCUUAGUCACAGCCUUGGCCAUAGGGACGGCGGUGUACCGAUGUCGGCGACGAUACAGGAACAGUGCGGAUGAUUCGGAGAUGAGGCCCCUCUCCAAGCACGUGGAUGACAGCGCCGAACUUUCGUCCUGAGCACGCUAUGUUCAAUUGCUGUCACUGAGGACAAGUAUUGAACUUCAGCGGCUGUUGUUUUUUUUUUUCAAAGCCCAGGCGAGCGUCUUGUGCGGACAUUUUGAGGCUCAAAGCAGGAUUGGCUUAAUAGAUUGUACGUGCGAGCAUUAUACACGGUCCAGUGUGCCUGCACCACAGAAGAGUUUGAGGCGGGCUAGGCGGGUAUGUUAGCGCUACCAGAUUGUCAUAAUAUGCCUGUACCACGCACGAGGACGCCUGGGAUAAGCUACGUAUAAAGGGGAAAUUUGAUGCCACUGAGCCACGUCAGGGAUGCUCAGUGUUGCAGUUCGAAAAAUCAUGUUAGCCACAUUACAAGUGGUUUCCAGCAAGUAUAUGUUUCCGUGAAGAAAAGAAAGAAAUCAAGGUCUUGUGCAUAGGCCGGAUCACCAGUUAGGUGCAUGCAUCUAGUGUUUUAGCAAUUCACCCAUGAAGUCUCGAUGAUUAUGAGUUUCUUUAACGCAUUAUUAAUUGUUAGCAAUGAGCUGUUCGUUACCGUAUCUGUGUUGUUUAUUCGGACUGUUAUGCUUUCCGCUGCGCGAUGACAGGUUGUUCGGACCCUUGAAAGCGUGCGGUACAACAAUGUGUCAUCGCCUGUUGAUGCGGAGUCGCAGAGCCAUAGAGGAAUGAAACGAGCCUGGCCCCGCAAUGCUCUGCGACUUCAGUUAAAAUCGAUGAGAUGGUAAUCACUGCUAAUUAGGGACAUAAGCGACGCGUUUUCUUGUCCGUUGUGCUCGCCCUACGGUGUUGUCUUCGUAAUAAAGGUAACAACUUUGUUAAAUAAAACAACAGCCUA